ACAAGGAGCCGACUCCUCACUCACACCAUUCCUCCCUUCUUCCCCCGUCAACAUGUCCACUUUGGAGCUCCUUUGUGGGUUUUGAUUCUCCUGCUCCAACCUUCUCCGGAUUAUUCAUAAUAAAAAAAAAAAGAAAACGAACACAAGUCGAGUGAGAGCGAUGCGACAUUGGAUCCGAUAGCGUAACGCGAAACCGGCUUUUGUUCCUCGGCAGCAAGGCGAGCAAACGUCGCAAAGCUCCGCAGCGAGAAGACGUGGAUCAGAUCCACCAGAGAACACGCAGAGUGUCUCUGCCUAAACGCGGGAGGGAAACAUGUCCUCGUCCAGAUUCAAGAAGGAUAAAGAGAUCAUUGCGGACUAUGAGACCCAAGUGAAAGAAAUCCGUAACCAGUUGGUGGAGCAGUUCAAAUGCUUGGAGCAACAGUCAGAAUCCCGCAUCCAGUUGCUGCAGGACCUGCAGGAGUUUUUCCGUCGCAAGGCGGAGAUCGAAAUGGAAUACUCGCGCAGUUUAGACAAACUCUCCGAGAGGUUUUCCUCCAAGAUCCGCAGCUCCCGGGAACACCAGCAGUUCAAGAAAGACCAGCACCUGCUGUCCUCUGUCAACUGCUGGUACCUGGUACUCAACCAGACCCGACGCGAGAGUCGCGACCACGCCACCCUUAGUGACAUCUACACCAACAAUGUCAUUGUCCGCUUGGCGCAGAUCACCGAGGACGUCAUCCGCCUCUUCAAGAAGAGCAAGGACAUCGGGAUCCAGAUGCACGAGGAGCUGGUGAAGGUGACCAAUGAACUCUACACAGUGAUGAAGACGUACCACAUGUACCACACAGAGAGCAUCAGCGCCGAGAGUAAGCUGAAGGAUGCUGAGAAACAAGAGGAGAAGCAGUUCAGCAAGUCAGGAGAUCUCAACGUCAACCUCCUGCGCCACGAGGACCGCCAGCCCAGGCGUAGCACUGUCAGAAAGAUUGAGAAGAUGAAAGAGAAGAGGCAAGCAAAGUACUCCGAGAAUAAGCUGAAGUGCACCAAAGCCCGCAACGACUAUCUGUUGAACCUAGCAGCAACAAAUGCGGUGGUGGCCAAAUAUUACAUCCACGAUGUCUCUGAUAUGAUCGAUUGCUGUGACCUGGGCUACCACGCCAGCUUGGCGCGGACCUUUAGGACAUACUUAUCCGCAGAGUACAACCUGGAGACCUCUCGCCAUGAGGGACUGGAUGUCAUUGAGAACGCGGUGGACAACCUGGACUCACGCAGCGACAAGCACAAGCUCAUGGAUAUGCAUAACCAGGUGUUCUGCCCUCCCAUGCGCUUCGACUACCUGCCACACAUGGGGGAUGAGGUGUGCCAGGUGAGCGCCCAGCAGCCCGUCCAGACUGAGCUCUUGAUGCGCUACCACCAGCUACAGUCUCGUUUAGCCACGCUAAAGAUUGAGAACGAGGAGGUGAGAAAGACCUUGGACGCCACCAUGCAAACGCUACAGGACAUGCUGACGGUGGAGGAUUUUGACGUGUCAGACGCCUUCCAGCAUAGCCGCUCCACUGAAUCCAUCAAGUCUGUCGCCUCCGAGUCCUACAUGGGCAAGGUGAAUGUGGCAAAGAGGAGGUUCAACCAACAGGAGACGGAAAUGUUCUACCUAUCGAAAUUCAAGGAGUACCUGAAUGGCAGCAACCUCAUCAUUAAGCUGCAAGCCAAGCAUGAUUUACUCAAGCUAACCCUUGGUGAAGGGGAAAGAGCUGAAUGUGGAACCACAAGAGGGAGAAGGAAUGCUCGUGCUCGCAUCCAGGAUUCCGGUCAACCUAUUCCGGUGGUGGUGGAGAGCUGUGUCAGAUACAUCAACCUAUACGGGCUGCAGCAGCAAGGCAUAUUCCGAGUGCCUGGAUCGCAGGUGGAGGUCAAUGAUAUUAAAAAUUCCUUCGAGAGGGGAGAAGAUCCCUUGAUAGACGAUCGCGAAGAGCACGAUAUCAACUCAGUUGCAGGAGUGCUCAAGCUCUAUUUCCGAGGAUUGGAGAACUCCCUCUUCCCAAAGGAGUGCUUCUUGGAUUUCAUUUCGACCAUCAAGCUGGAGUCAGGUGCAGAGCGAGCUCAUCACAUCCAGCAGAUUAUUGUGACUCUGCCUCGGACCAUCAUCAUUGUCAUGAGAUACCUCUUUGCUUUUCUCAAUCAUCUCUCCCAGUACAGUGACGAGAAUAUGAUGGAUCCGUACAACUUGGCCAUCUGCUUUGGGCCCACUUUAAUGCCCAUCCCGGACAGCCAGGAUCCCGUGUCUUGCCAGGCACACGUUAACGAGGUCAUCAAGACCGUCAUCAUCCACAAUGAAGUCAUCUUCCCCAGUCAACGGGAGCUGGAUGGCCCAGUUUAUGAGAAGUGCAUGACUGGGGGGGAGGAGUUCUGCGACAGCCCCCAUAGCGAGCCAGGAGCCCUUGAUGAGGUUGACAAUGGAACUGAACAACAUACAAGCGAUGAAGAGGUUGAACAAAUCGAGGCCAUCGCUAAAUUUGAUUACGUGGGCCGCAGUCCGAGAGAGCUGUCCUUCAAGAAAGGAGCAUCUCUGCUGCUCUAUCACAGAGCGUCUGAGGAUUGGUGGGAGGGUCGACACAAUGGUGUGGAUGGUCUGAUCCCUCAUCAAUACAUUGUGGUGCAAGAUAUGGAUGACACCUUUUCUGAUAACCUCAGCCAGAAAGCAGACAGUGAAGCCAGCAGCGGGCCUUUAAUGGAUGACAAAGGCUCGUCUAAAAACGAUAAUCCCUCACCAUGUGAUCAAUCACCUGAUUACACCUUUGGAGGAGUCAUGGGCAGGGUGAGACUGCGUUCCGACGGAGCUGCCAUUCCACGCCGCCGUAGUGGUGCAGACACUCAGAGUCCGACCAGAGUGGCCGACACUCCCCCACGGGCCGCCGCCUGUCUCAGCAGCCCCCACAAGGUGUCAGUCGGCGGGAAGGCUCGGGUGGAAAGUCCAGAAAAGAGGCGGCUGGGGACCUUUGGGAGUGCAGGGAGUUUAAACUACCCAGAGAGGAAGGCCUAUCCUGAGGGUCACCCGCUGAGGCCCAUGUCAGGGGCAACGCGUCACAGCAGCCUUGGGGACCACAAAUCACUGGAGGCUGAAGCUUUGGAUGAGCAGGACAUAGAGAAGACCAUGACCACAGCGCUCCAAGAGCUCCGUGAGCUGGAGCGUAAGAACACUGUCAAGCAGGCCCCUGACGUGGUCCUGGACACCUUGGAGCCCAUGAAAAACCCGGUCAGCUCAGAACCAGGCAGCCCCCUGCACACCAUCAUGAUCCGGGACCCGGACGCAGCCAUGCGCCGGAGCAGCAGCUCCACCUCCGAGAUGAUGACCACCUUCAAGCCGACGCUCUCGGCCCGCCUCGCCGCUGGCCCUCAGCUACGCCCCCCGCCGAUGAGGCCCGCGCGCCCCCCUCCGACUCAACACCGCUCCAGCAGCUCCGGGUCUUCCGGCGUGGGCAGCCCGGCCAUAACACCCACCGAUAAAAUGCUAACGGCCGGCGGCUCCGCCCUGAACGUGUCCAGUGACGACGCGGACAAGUCUGGCACCAUGUAGAAGCAAAACUUAGGUGGAAUCUGGAAGGAGCUGGAAAUCGGGCUUUGGAUCAGAGACAUUUCCAACAGCUCAGGGAGAGGAUGUCCAUACGAGGACAGCGGGAAAAUAACUGCAGACCUCAGCUUUACAGACGCCACCAGGUGCUGAUGAUGUCACAAAGAGGUAUGACGUGACACGGUAACACUAAUUAAAGCAAGCCACUUGUCUUAUUGUUUUUGACGGGGGAAAGGCUGCGUCUGUUUGAGGUGUGUUUAUUUGUCAUAGCAGUUUCUCCACCCAAGAAAACUUUAUUACAUUAAAAUGUUAACAUGAUCGAAUGUAGGUCAAUUUAUGCCAAGCAAGUACUAAGCUUGCAUGUUUUUAGCUAAUAAAGUUUGUUUACCUCUAUUAAAAUGACAGUCAAAUCUUGGUUUUCAUACGCCCCACUUUUUGUAUUCAGUUGUUUUAAAUUGAGUAAGACUGCAAAAUAUUCCACCUUGGGGCCAAAGAAAGUUGCGAGUGCCAGCACUUUGACAAAGAAGGUGGGAAAAACCAUUGACGUCAAGCAAAGUACGAAGGCUUCUUCAAUAAAAGUGAUACAUUUUUGGCCUUUGUAUUUAUGAAACUACUUAUUCUUUCAAGUGACUUUGUUUGUACCCGAAGGUAGAUUUAUUUGGGUGUCUUGAAAAAUUCACUGGAUUUGCAUAUUAUAAUGGAAAACAUUGCUUUGUACAAUUACAUUUUUCAUCUGACUAUUUGGAACAAAUGAAAACCAAGAUUUUUUUGUAAUUAUUGUUAAGGUCAAUAGAAAUACAUAAGUGCAAAUUGUUUUUUUUGCUUAAUGCUCUUAAAAAAGAACAGUAGACAAGAACAUAGGCUCUCUUCUAGCUGGUAGGGGUGUGAAUCUUUGGACACCUGAUGAUUGGAUCCGAUUCUUAUUCCUGGGGUGACAAUUCGAUUCUGAAUCGAUUGUCGAUUCAACAUGGUUCUCGAUUCAAACCGAUUUUCGUAAUGUAUAAUUAUAAGGAUUAUAUAUAUAUAUAU